AUGACGAUCAGCGGUGGGUCGUCGUCGUCGUCUUCCAAUGGUGGCGUCGAGAGAAUGGUUGACGUUGUAGCCUCCACUGUUGCGGUGACCGACAGCAGCAGCAGCGGCGGCGGCGGCGGCGGCAGCAGCAGCAACGUGUCGUCGCCGUCGCCGCUCCUGCAGCAGCCUCCGCUUGUUCCUCCGCCGGGCCCGAGCCCCUCGACAACUCCGCGCGCUGCUACCGCCGCCACCGCCUCUCCCGCCGGUGACAUUCCCCACGAGGGAGAUCCGACAAGCGCUCCCGCCGCCGCCGACGCACCCAAGGCCGAGGCGAAGAGCAACGACAGCGUGGAGGUGGCCAGCACCAACACCAACAGCCGCAGCAGCGGCAGCACUAGUAAUCAAGACGACCGAGUUCGGGUGCUGUGCAGAUUUCGGCGCACGGUGGAGAGGGACGGGGAGGAACGGGGAUCACCGCGCGGCAAGUGGUUGGUCUUCGGGGGCGGGGGGGGGGAUGGAGGCGGCGGCGGAGGCCACGAGGGCGGGGAGGGAGCGCCGCUGGACACGGUCUCGGUGCGCAUGGGGGGCGCGUGGAGCACGAGGGGCUUCGACAGGGUUCUAAAGCCCGGCGUCGAUCAAGCCCAGGUGUACAGCGACGUGAAGCGCGUGGCCCACGGGGUCUCCCAGGGCUUCAACGGCACCAUAUUCGCCUACGGCCAGACGGGCGCCGGCAAGACCUACACCAUGGGAGGCGCGACGGCUACGCUGUCCGCCGCCCCAGCCGCCGCCACCCCCGCCGCCGCCGGUGUGACGACGCCAUCGGGGGGGGGCGCUGGGGCAACAGCCCCGUCUCCUUGUCACCCCGGCUCCGCCGGCGUCUUGCCACUGCCGGCGCCCUCGCCGCCGUCGCCUUUCGCCGGGGCGCCCGAAGCGACGCCGACAAACUUGGCGCCGGUGCCGGCGUCGCCCCCGCCGCCGGACUCAUCUUCGAUGUCUCCCGCGACCCUCCUGAUGCCACCGCCUCCGCCGCCGCCGCUACCGCCGCCUCUACCCGAUGGGCCCGGAAGGAGGCUGCACCCGAUCGGGAUCAUGCCGUCCUCCCACGCCGCUGGGGCCGUGUCCCCCGAAACCGCGAGCAGCGGCAGCGGCAGCGGCAGCGGCAGCGGCAGCGGCAGCGGCAGCUGCUGCUUGGGGCCCGAGGUGGGAGUAAUCCCGAGAGCCGUGUCCACCCUGCUGGCGGAUGCGGAAGCGCGGAGAGCGCAGGGGUGGGAGUUCGCGCUGACGGCCACGUAUGUAGAGAUCUACAACGAGAAGAUCCGUGACCUCCUCAACCCAGCUAAUGAUAACUUGCAGGUGAAAGAGCACCCUUCCGGUCGCGGGGUGGAGGCCGCCGGCGCUAAGGAGGUGCGGGUUACGAGCCUGGAAGAGGCGGUGGGCGUGCUCAAGAAGGGGGCCGAGCACCGGGCGACCGCUGCGACGCUGAUGAACAACGUCUCCAGCAGAAGCCACAGCAUUUUCAUGCUCAGGUUGGACCAGGACUGCAAGGUCUCAGCCCGGCUCACCCUUGUGGACCUGGCGGGGUCGGAGAGGGCGGGGAAGACGGGGGUCGAGGGGAAGCGGCUGGAGGAGGCGAACAGCAUCAACGUGUCGCUGCACACGCUGGGCAGGGUCAUCCGGACGCUGAGCGAGAACGGCCCCCACGUGCCGUUCCGCGACUCGAAGCUCACGCGCCUGCUGCAGGAGUCUCUGGGCGGAAACAGCCGCCCGGACGAAGCGCAAGCGCAGGAGACGUUGUCCACCCUCAAGUUCGGCGAGUGCGCCAAGCGAGUGACCACUUUCGCCUCGGCCAACGUGGUGGCGGCGCCGGACAAGGUCUCGCAGCAGCUGUCCGAGCUGAGGGCCGAGGUCGUCCGUCUCAAGCGACAGCUCCACGACUGCCAGCUGCGAGAGGCUCGGCGGAGCGAGGCAUUUCCAUCGAUUGGGGGAAGGCGAUCGAGUCGGUCUUCCAUGUUGAUGGGAGAGCGGGCCUCCACGGGGGGUGGCAGCGCUCUGCGCCGGAAGCUGGGUUCUUCCCCGCUCAGCCGGCCGGCUUCUUUCAACAACGCUGCCUCCCUGGCCAGCGAUAUUGCCAACAGCAGCGGCGAGGAGUCUUGGUCCGAGGCCAUCACCAACAGCCGCGGCAGCGGCGGCGUCUGGGAGCAAGAAGUAUCCCCCUGGCCGACGAACGGGACAGGGGGGCUGACGGUCCUGGCCCAGUCCCCGCUGGCGGCGUUGGUGUCGCCGUCGAUGUCCCCCGACGCGGAACAUCAUCAUCUCGCGGGGCCCUCUUCGAGCAGCGGGCGGGGGGGACGGCAGCAGCGGGGGCGCGGGCGUCAGCAGCAGCAGCAGCCGCAGCCGCAGCAGAAGCGGCCUCACCGGGGCUGGUCCGCUAGGUGUUCGCGCGCCGACUACUUCGGGGCCACCCCCGGCGGGAACAGGAGCGUCGAGGCGCACCGGCUGAGACGGACGGGUAGCGCCAGCAGCAGUAUAAAGAGCACCACGAGCGUGCGGCGGUUGUGGUCGGAGGACGACGAGCACAACGCCGCCGAUGGCGCUAGCGCCACCGCCGCCGCUGCAGCUGGCGCUGCUGCCGCAGCAGGAGCAGGUCCUGAGUCUCCGGCGUUCGCGGAGCUGGUGGUAGUGGAGAAGGUCACCCCGGCUGCGAGCGGUGGCGACGGCGUGCGCAGCUGCUGGGCGCGUCGUAGGUCGCGGUCCGGAGGCCGUAGCAGCUGGAACCGGGAGAGGGAUGAGGGCGGCGGUCCUCUGCCGCGCCGCCGCCCGGCGGUCUCUUCCGGAGGCUCGGGGCACGACGGAGAAGGAGGGACGGAAAGCACCAAGCCGCUCCCGCCGCCGCCACCGUCCAAUUCGCCCUCUUCUUGUAGUGCUACCGAUGUUUCGGCGGCGAGUGCGGCGGCGGUAGGGGUGGCGGCGAUGGCGGCGGCUGCUCGGGGGCGGGGACGGCAGCGGGGGCGGCAAGAAGGCGGUGAGUUCGCCCAGGCGAAUAGGAAGGCUCAGGCGAAAGCGCAGCAGCGGGGGGGAGAGGGAAAUGACGGACAAGUGUCAAAAUCGAUCGGCUCCGACUCUGAUCUGGAAGAGAUCAGGAUGGCGGCGGAGGGGGGGGGGAAGUCGCCGGCACGGGUGAAGGCGUCAUCAUCGUCUUGGAUGUCGUCGUCUUGCAAGGUGGAGAACGGAGGAGAAAAGGAGGGCACGCGGAAGCAACAACCAGAGCUGCUCGCGGUGCUGGCCAGGCUGCAGGGGCUGGAGAACACGUGGGUCGCGAGGGUGAAGCAGUUCGAGCAGCUGCUGGCGCUCAAAGACCUCCGCAUAGAGUCCCUGACGCUGCUCCACAAACACGGGCCGCUGUCCUCCGGCCGGCCAGCAGGCGCUGACAGCGCUAGCGGUGGCGGUGGCGGUGGCCGCCACCGCCGCGGUUCCGACAACCACCGCCAGGUGGCAGAGGAGGAGGAGGAGGAGGAAGAGGAAGAGGAGGCGGAGGAGGCCGCCCUCGCCAAGAGGAACGGCGCCGCCACCCCUUCGGGGAAGCAAGGCGGGGCGCCCGGCAGCGCGGGCGGGAGGCGCAAGAAGAGACGGAGCUCCCCACGGGAGAGGCGCUCGCCUAGACGAGAACGGAUCUCUUCGAGGCGGACAUCGGAAGGCGGGGAAGCGGCGGCGGCAGAGGAAGAGGUUGAGAACAGCGGCGGCGGGGAGGGGGCCGGAGAAAGCGCCGGGAAGCGCAGCAGCACGCGCGGGGAGGGUCCCGCCUCCCCGCCGAGCCAGCGCAAGCACGGGGGUGCCUUGGCGACAGCGGCGGCGGUGGCCUUCCCCACGGCGCCCCCGCCGUCGCCCAUGAUCCCGCAGGAAGCCCGCAGGUCGUUCGCGCUCGACGGCGCCGACUCUGACAACGAUUACUGAAGUCGGGCGCUUUUUCCUGUCGGCAUGCGGUGUGAGGCGCAUACGGUAGGAAGUGCUACGCCCCCCCCCCCACCCCCCCCUCGUUUUUGUCGGGGUUGGUGUUGGAAUUUCCGUAGCCUUGGCCGGCUUUUUCGUGCUGUAUUCCGAAGAAUCAGGAGGGAACGAUGUGGGAAACGUUCCAUAGAACGCCGCUCCCGUCCCUCUUCAAGCGGCACUUGUGGUUGUUCACCUCCGCCGCGAUCAGCUUUAUUUCUGUGAAGUUUUGUACCUAGGCGGCUUUAGCACAGCCCACAAGAUGGUUAGCAACCGCAAGUAGCGAGGUUUGUCUUGUCUUGUAUGGUAUCUCCUUCUUUUUAUCAUGGUGUGGGUAUGCAUGAGGAAGGGCGUGUGUGGCAUUUUUGCAGCAUGAGCGGUUUGGAGUAUUUAGUAGUAGCACGAUUUUGGGGGUUUCCGCUUGCUCUAGUGACGUAUUUAGUGAUCUUUUUUUUUCCUGUCAUUGUUUUGAGCCCAUUCGUUUUUUGUUGAGUUACUUCUUGUCGGGGGCACCGUGCUGUGGUUAGGUUCGUGGUCGUUCUCCUUGGUGGCAGUUAAGUUAUCCAACGGUGCGCAGGGUCGAGCGCCACGUCAACGUUGCGCGUGACAGAAAACGAAGCGUGUUGGUGUACCAUCUUUGCUAAGCGUGCAGUUGUCGUGUCGUACGGGAGCCUUCAGCGUUACUUAGUGAUGAUGUUUUCUUUGUUUCAGGUUGUUUUUUUGAUCCUGUGAUUUGUUGGGAGUGGCUUGUGCCCUCCGGACGUCGUAGCGACUCGCCUGGGGUCGGACAAAGUUGGCGUAAGGCUCGCGAGGAAGGAGGGGUACGGUGGCGGGGUGUCAGGUGCGAUGUAAAAUAGGUUAAAUGUGUUUGUUGGGAGACGGGCGUGGUUUAGAGACAGCCCGCUGACCCACAGAGGGAGGCAGUUGUCUUCCUGGUUAGUCAGGUACUAAACUCUAGGUUUAGGCCGCGGCCUCGCGCGAGCUACAGCGGUAGAACACGUGUCGACGAUUUCGAAUGUACGGAAUGGGGAAAAAAUGGCGUUACGUAUCGGCAUCGAAUGAUGUUAUGGGUACAUUGUGUGCGUGUUCGUCCCGUAUAUGCACACCUGUAUAUUUCUGACGAAUCAGAAAUUGUUCGUUUGAGUGCCCCUCCACCUUUCCUCCUUACGGAAUUUGCUUUGCCUCGGUUUUUAACGUUACGCACAUGCGUGGUUUUAUUUGCUGCAAGUGUGAGGUGACUCAGAACGAAAUCGGGGGGAAAUGGUGGUAGCGGCAUCGCAUGCACGUUCUACUUCAGAACCUUGCAACUUAGUCAGUCUAGGUAGGUUUUUAUGUCAACAUAGAAAGUAUUUUAAGUGUAGUCUCAGGCUUUCCUCCCUCAAUGAAAAUCGCUUGGCGAUCGGAGACGCCGGGCUCCUGAAGGUAUACUAGCGAGGGUGCGCAUGCUUGGGCACCGCCAGAAUGACAUAGCUG